ACGGGCACCGGGCCCCCAGGCGGGGCGACAGGCACUGGGCCCCCAGGCACGACAGCGGGCACCGGGCCCCCAGGCAUCAGGUCAUUUGGCUCCCCAGUGGGCACCGCGUCAUCUGGCAAGGCAGUGGGCACCGACGGGCAUCGGGUCACCAGGCAUCAGGUCAUUUGGCUCGACAGCAGGCCCCGGGUCAUCUGGCGCUGGAUCAUCUGGCUCGACAGCGGGCAUCGGGUCACCAGGCAUGACAGCGGGCACUGGGUCAUCAGGCAUUGGAUCGUCUGGCUCGACAGCGGGCAUCGGGUCACCAGGCAUGACAGCAGGCACUGGGUCAUCAGGUACCGGAUCGUCUGGAUCGACAGCGGGCACCGGGUCAUCUGGCGCUGGAUCGUCUGGUUCGACAGCGGGCAUCGGGUCACCAGGCUUGACAGUGGGCACCGGGUCAUCAGGUACCGGAUCGUCUGGCUCGACAGCGGGCACUGGGUCAUCAGGCUGAAGUGUGGGUGCCGAGGCACC